CCACAGUCGGCUUGGGCCGCAAUGGAACCAGUUGCAGUGUUGUGCUCUGAGUGAAUGAAGUCAGCUGAUCGUUUGCCUUCAUAUCGCCACUCUUAUCUUCCCUAGGAAGAGGACCACGACGCUGGACCGUUUCAUUUCUUAAGAUCUAACCUAUCAGAAUGGACCUGUCCAAGCUGCCCAAGAUCCGAGAUGAGGAGAAGGAGAGUGCGUUUGGAUACGUCCAUGGAGUCUCUGGCCCAGUGGUGACGGCCACGGCGAUGGCGGGUGCGGCCAUGUACGAGCUGGUGAGGGUGGGCCACCGUGAGCUGGUGGGAGAGAUCAUCCGGCUGGAGGGAGACAUGGCCACCAUCCAGGUCUAUGAGGAGACCUCGGGCGUGUCUGUUGGCGACCCAGUGCUGCGGACCGGGAAGCCUCUGUCUGUGGAGCUGGGCCCGGGCAUCAUGGGCUCCAUAUUUGACGGUAUCCAGCGCCCCCUAAAGGACAUCAACGACCUCACACAGAGCAUCUACAUCCCCCGCGGAGUCAACAUAGGUGCCCUCAACCGAGACCUCAAGUGGGAAUUCUCUCCUGUCAAGAGCUUGCGGGUGGGGAGUCACAUCACCGGGGGUGACAUCUACGGGACGGUGUUCGAGAACUCCCUCAUCAAGCACAAGAUAAUGCUGCCCCCAAGGAACAGAGGGACCGUCACCUAUGUGGCUCCUCCCGGAAACUACGACGUCUCGGAUGUGGUGCUGGAGCUGGAGUUUGAGGGGCUGAAGGAGAAGUUCACCAUGGUCCAGGUCUGGCCUGUGCGACAGAUUCGCCCGGUCACAGAGAAGCUACCUGCCAACCACCCCCUGCUGACCGGACAGCGAGUGCUGGACGCCCUCUUCCCGUGUGUCCAGGGAGGAACCACGGCCAUACCUGGGGCCUUUGGCUGUGGUAAAACCGUCAUCUCCCAGUCCCUGUCCAAAUACUCCAACAGUGAUGUCAUUGUCUAUGUAGGCUGUGGGGAGCGUGGUAAUGAGAUGUCCGAAGUUCUGCGAGAUUUCCCAGAGCUGACAAUGGAGGUAGACGGGAAGACUGAGAGCAUCAUGAAGAGAACAGCUUUGGUGGCCAACACCUCCAACAUGCCUGUGGCGGCCAGAGAGGCUUCCAUCUAUACGGGUAUCACGCUGUCUGAGUACUUCCGGGACAUGGGCUACAACGUAAGCAUGAUGGCCGACUCCACCUCCCGAUGGGCCGAGGCUCUCAGGGAGAUCUCAGGGCGACUGGCGGAGAUGCCCGCGGACAGUGGUUACCCUGCCUACCUGGGAGCACGCUUGGCGUCUUUCUAUGAGCGAGCCGGCAGAGUUAAGUGCCUGGGCAACCCGGAGAGAGAGGGCAGCGUCAGCAUUGUUGGGGCUGUGUCUCCCCCUGGUGGUGACUUCUCUGAUCCCGUGACGUCAGCCACUCUGGGUAUCGUUCAGGUGUUCUGGGGCCUGGAUAAAAAGCUGGCCCAGAGGAAACACUUCCCGUCGGUCAACUGGCUGAUCAGCUACAGUAAAUACACACGGGCACUGGAUGAGUACUACGACAAGCACUUCCCGGAGUUUGUCCCACUGCGCACCAAGGCCAAGGAGAUCCUGCAGGAGGAGGAGGACCUGGCGGAGAUCGUACAGCUUGUCGGCAAGGCAUCGCUGGCUGAAACGGAUAAGAUCACACUGGAGGUGGCCAAGCUCCUGAAGGACGACUUCCUUCAACAGAACGGUUACACCCCAUACGACAGGUUUUGUCCCUUCUAUAAGACGGUGGGCAUCCUGUCCAACCUCAUAGCGUUCUAUGAUAUGGCGCGGCACGCGGUGGAGACCACGGCCCAAAGCGACAACAAGAUAACCUGGUCCAUGAUCAGAGAACACCUGGGGGAGAUCCUCUACCGACUCAGCUCCAUGAAGUUCAAGGACCCAGUGAAGGAGGGGGAGGCCAAGAUUAAGCAUGACUACGCCCAGCUACUGGAGGACAUGCAGAACUCAUUCCGCAGCCUGGAGGACUGAGCCUUCAUCUCUGACCUUCUCACCUCUGACCCCAGGGGCAGUGCCGCUCUAUGUGACCCUGGCCCAAUCCCAAAUCGACCCUUUGACCCCCACUACGACCCAUUCACCCAUGGAGAUCUGACAGACUUCGACAGGUGAAAUCCCCCUGGUUACAGCUCCACUCUGCUCCAAAAUGCCCUGUGGUCUGGUGGACGUCUGACAGUAUUCUUUAUGUCUCUCGGUCCUCUAUUCCUGGGGUUCUGGGUCUGAUGGUCCACUUGGGUUUGGGUCGUCCCGCACUCUGCAGCCUCACAUUCCACUACCUUGUGUUUACAUCCAACCUUCUGCCAUCAGUUCACCCAGUGUGUCUGUGUGUGUGUCUGUGUGUGUGUCUGUGUGUGUGUCUGUGUGUGUGUCUGUGUGUGUGUCUGUGUGUGUCUGUGUGUGUCUGUGUGUGUGUGUGUGUGUGUGGAAAAAAGCUAACUAAAUGUACUGUAUUCUGGUAUUAUGUUGCUUCACUCUAAAUAUCUAGUGUCUUUGCCAUGAGCAAGGUCAAAGAUUUGCAUCAUUGUGUGUCUGUGUGUGUCUGUGUGUGUCUGUGUGUGUCUGUGUGUGUCUGUGUAUGUGUGUGUGUUUCAUUUCUCACUGUUCACCCUAGCACUGCCCAUCCCUCCUCUCCCCUGUUUGUUUUGGACAUGGCCUCCGGCCCUAGUUGUGUACUUGAAGACUUCAGUUGAUGUAAUUAUCGUUAAUUAUCCCUCUAUCUGUACAGAUGAUUGAUGAAGAUUAAGAUGAAAUAUUUAAUGAGGAGGGUGACUAUAUUUAUUUUAAGUGCACGACCUGGACAGAUCCUUGGCUCUGUGUCUGUCGUCUUUCUAUUGACCUGGACAGAUCCUGGGCUCUGUGUCUGUCGUCUUUCUAAUGACCUGGACAGAUCCUGGGCUCUGUGUCUGUCGUCUUUCUAAUGACCUGUACAGAUCCUUGGCUCUGUGUCUGUCGUCUUUCUAUUGACCUGGACAGAUCCUGGGCUCUGUGUCUGUCGUCUUUCUAAUGACCUGGACAGAUCCUGGGCUCUGUGUCUGUCGUCUUUCUAAUGACCUGUACAGAUCCUUGGCUCUGUGUCUGUCGUCUUUCUAUUGACCUGGACAGAUCCUGGGCUCUGUGUCUGUCGUCUUUCUAAUGACCUGGACAGAUCCUGGGCUCUGUGUCUGUCGUCUUUCUAAUGACAUGGACAGAUCCUGGGCUCUGUGUCUGUCGUCUUUCUAAUGAUUGUGAUCUAUGACGUGAGUCUUGUGUGGCCUACUUGCCGUAUGUGUGUAAGAGACGGCCCUGUUUCCCUGUGGCACCGCUCGCUCAUGUGACAAAGUGUUUGAAGUCCCCAAUAAUAAAAGAGGAAGACAAAAGAAAAUG